AUGAUGGCAGCACAACGAAUGGCAGAGGCCAUUCAAGCUGGAGUGCCUCCUACCACCGAAUCUCAGCCCAACCUGCCUGUUAGUGAAUCUCAGCCCUCCUUGCCUGUUAUUGAGGAGGGAACGGCAGAAAACCGAAGUGCCAAGGCCAAGUUGGUUGUGCAGGCCGAUCAAGAGGCUGAACAAAGGGCAGAGAAGUGCCCUGCCGAGGUUGAGGCCAGCUCAGAAGAUAACCGCACCGAUAAACGACCUUGUUUAGAGGAAUCAGAUGCGAUCGUGCCAUCCACCGUUGGAAGGAUAGCGGAGAUGGGUCGUCGCCAUCAUGACGCCAUUGAACAGCUCGGCCGUCUUCAGACGGAAGUUGAGGGCCAAAGGAGCAGGGCCGAGUUCGAGGCUUUAAGGGCGAAGAUGGAAGUCGCGCGGGCCGAGGCCGAGGUAGAGAGGGCACGCAAUGCGGAUGAACUGCGAUUAGCCGCCGAGAAGAGGGCAGAGGCAAGCGCGGAGGCGCUGAAAUUGGCCCGGGAGGCGGUCUCCAAACUGGAGGCUGAGUUGGAGGAAGCAAAGAAGGCGAAGGAAGCAGCCGACUCGGAGGCUUCUAAGGGGCUGUACACCGCCUACGAAGUCGACAUGCGCCUGCGCGUCGCGCGGCGGGAGAUAGAGAAGAAGGAUGAACGGAUCCGCAGUUUGGGGUCUCGAGCGGAGAAAGCCAAGCGUGAGCUUAAGGAGCAUAGAAAGGCUAAAGCCGCCGAGCUGUGUGCGGCGGGUCAAUCUAACCCGAUCGUGAAGGAGAGGGUGACCCAACAGCUAUUGAGUCACGCCAUCGCCGAUCGAGAUACGGCAAGCAUGUUUGCUGUAGAAAAUGUGAGGACCAUGGGUUAUGAGCAAGGCUUCCAUGCGGGCCGGAAGGUUGGGAUCGACAAGACAAAAGAGAAACUUGCAGAGGAGGUCUGUCGAUACGAGAACGAGGGCUUUAGGCACGGUUGGAUCGUGGCACUUCAAGACGCGGAGGAUCUCUGA